GAGAAGGGGCUCGACGGCACCACCGUCCCCAUGGAGGUGUACGUCAAGACGCAGCGUGGGGACGUCUUCAGCCUGGAAGUGACCCUGGCAGACACGGUGGCGCUCCUGAAGGAGCAGCUGGCGAGAGUGGAGGGUAGCCCAGCGCAGAGCCAACGCCUCAUGUGGAAGGGCUUCAAUAUGCAGGACGAGCGAACCCUGGCCUCGUACGAGGUACGGCACGGCGCCGUCAUCGUCCUCGCCCCCCGCCUCCGCGACUGGGCGGAGAGCAAGCCGCGGCGGGCACAGUUCUCCGCCCGCAGGGGGCUGGAGCCGCGUUUUAUGUGCCGCCCUCUGGGCCGCUCUGCGAUGUCUCUCGGCGACACGUUAGGCUCGAAUUCGCUGGGUUUUUGGCUUGCCGGCUGAAUCUUGACGGCCCAGCUUUAAUGGGAUGUUUGCGAGCGGGAAUUUGCGUCAACCCGAACCCGAGCCUUCUUGUACGUCUCCCCGAGUCAGCCGUUUAAUUGCCUGAGGAGUUGCCAAUGGCGCACUCCUCUACCCACCCUUCCUUCCAGAUGCCAGACUCACUUGUGGCGGUGGUGGCGGUG